UUGCUCUGAAAACAGAAGAUAGAGGGAGUCUCGGAGCUCGCCAUCUCCAGCGAUCUCUACAUUGGGAAAAAACAUGGAGUCAGCUCCGGCAGCCCCCGACCCCGCCGCCAGCGAGCCGGGCAGCAGCGGCGCGGACGCGGCCGCCGGCUCCAGGGAGACCCCGCUGAACCAGGAAGCCGCCCGCAAGAGCGAGCCGCCCGCGCCGGUGCGCAGACAGAGCUAUUCCAGCACCAGCAGAGGUAUCUCAGUGACGAAGAAGACACAUACAUCUCAAAUUGAAAUUAUUCCUUGCAAGAUCUGUGGAGACAAAUCAUCGGGAAUCCAUUAUGGUGUCAUUACAUGUGAAGGCUGCAAGGGCUUUUUCAGGAGAAGUCAGCAAAGCAAUGCCACCUACUCCUGUCCUCGUCAGAAGAACUGUUUGAUUGACCGGACCAGUAGAAACCGCUGCCAACACUGUCGAUUACAGAAAUGCCUUGCCGUGGGGAUGUCUCGAGACGCCGUAAAAUUUGGCCGAAUGUCGAAGAAGCAGAGGGACAGCUUGUACGCGGAGGUGCAGAAACAUCGGCUGCAGCAGCAGCAACGAGAGCAGCAGCCCGGGGAGGCCGAGCCACUCACCCCCACCUACAGCAUCUCGGCCAACGGGCUCACAGAGCUGCACGACGACCUGGGCGGCUACAUGGACGGCCACACCCCUGAGGGGAGCAAGGCGGACUCUGCCGUCAGCAGCUUCUACCUGGACAUACAGCCUUCCCCGGACCAGUCAGGGCUUGAUAUCAAUGGAAUCAAACCAGAACCAAUAUGUGACUACACACCAGCAUCCGGCUUCUUUCCCUACUGUUCCUUCACCAAUGGAGAGACGUCCCCGACGGUGUCCAUGGCCGAAUUAGAGCACCUUGCACAGAAUAUAUCUAAGUCACACCUGGAAACUUGCCAAUACUUGAGAGAAGAGCUCCAGCAGAUAACGUGGCAGACCUUUCUGCAGGAGGAGAUUGAGAGUUAUCAAAACAAGCAGCGGGAGGUGAUGUGGCAAUUGUGUGCCAUCAAAAUUACAGAAGCUAUACAGUAUGUGGUGGAGUUUGCCAAACGCAUUGAUGGAUUUAUGGAACUGUGUCAAAAUGAUCAAAUCGUGCUUCUCAAAGCAGGUUCUCUAGAGGUGGUGUUUAUCAGAAUGUGCCGUGCCUUUGACUCUCAGAACAACACCGUGUACUUUGAUGGGAAAUACGCUAGCCCCGAUGUCUUCAAAUCCUUAGGUUGUGAAGACUUUAUUAGCUUUGUAUUUGAAUUUGGAAAGAGUUUAUGUUCUAUGCACCUGACUGAAGAUGAAAUUGCAUUAUUUUCUGCAUUUGUACUCAUGUCAGCAGAUCGCUCGUGGCUGCAGGAAAAGGUAAAAAUUGAAAAACUGCAACAGAAAAUUCAGCUAGCUCUUCAACAUGUCCUACAGAAGAAUCACCGAGAGGAUGGAAUACUAACAAAGUUAAUAUGCAAGGUGUCUACAUUAAGAGCCUUAUGUGGACGACAUACAGAAAAGCUAAUGGCAUUCAAAGCAAUAUACCCAGACAUUGUACGACUUCAUUUUCCUCCAUUAUACAAGGAGUUGUUCACUUCAGAAUUUGAGCCAGCAAUGCAAAUUGAUGGGUAAAGGUAUCACUUCUAGAAUGUCUGAAGUACAAACAUGAAAAACAACCACAAAAAAAAAUUAACCAAGACACUUUAUAUGGCCCUGCACAGACCUGGAGCGCCAAGACACUGCACAUCUUUUGGUGAUCGGGGUCAGGCAAAGGAGGGGAAACAAUGAAAACAAAUAAAAGUUGAACUUGUUUUUCUCAUGCAUAUGAUUUCCAUUAUGCCUACAGAUGUGGACCCUUUUUCUGUCUCGAUUUCUUGAUCGUUGACCUCUGUUUACAACAGAAGGAGGGUACUAAAGUCAGAGGAUUUCCUUUUCUUGUAGCCCACUGCCUACAGACUUUCUACAGAGUCACCCAUCUGUCCAUGACAACAGAGAGUCCGGCAGUGAUCGGUGACUGGUGUGCAUAGCGGAGGUUGCAGCAUUACUUUGCACAGCUUGCUCUUUGUUUCAUGAAGGAAGUUUUUAUGUUUUCACCGAUCAUUUGCCCAUCAGCAGGAUGGCAUGAGAAGGGUCCGUAGCACUAGCAACAAUAGCAUUAUAAUAUACUACAGGGUAAAUGGGCAUGAAGACUAUAUAUAGCUAAAAGAGAUAUUGUUUAUAUAUUGUUUUAAUUAAUAUAAAAUGUAGUUACUGGUGUAGCUUUUCCUGUUGAAUUGAUAAGGCACUUUCAUUUUGCACCUUUUUUCUUUAAAUUAAAUGCUAGCGUGUUCACUGUUGUGUCGCAUGUGCACCAGAAACACAAGUUUAACUGAGAAGGCUUGGAAGGUACGUCAGGAGGUAAUUAUGCUGCUGUUUACAAAAUGACUUUUAAAAAUCUGGCUGGUCAUAUCUAGAAAUCACAAUGUUGGAUUUUUUUUUUUUCCUAACGGAUGAAUUUGGAAUUAGAAAUGGAACUCUCCCUCAAUUAUACUUUGUUUUUGGUAAGUUUAAUGAUAGAUGUGUUUAUGCUUCAUACAAAGUUGAAUGAUCAACCGGUGCUGUGGACUUAUAUCAUCAUGCAUAUUAUUUUAAGCUUUUUAAAACACCACCUCAUGUUGGCAAGGGAGGGGAGGCUCCCUUUACACAGUUCAGUAAUGCUAUGGACUCCCUCUCAACUUGGCUUCUCAUGCUUCGAGAACAAACCAGUCACCUGAUAUUUAUUGGAAUCUAGCUUUUAUCAUAAGAAGGACUCAAAGAUUCUGCUGCAAACACACACUCCCCAUGUGAGGACAUGAAGCAUUUACUUUGUGAAUGAUUAUGUUCUUGGUAUAAUUAAGGAACCCUUAGAGUCUAUGUCAGAGUGAACUAGUUCUGAACUAGCAGCCUCUGGCUGCUCUAAUUCUAGACUGUAGCUCUCCAUAUUUCACAGACAAUGGACAGGAGGGCAAGGGAAGCUUACAAUGUUGAACCAGUUUCCCUUAUUUAAAUAUUAAAUACUUUAAGCAUAUAAAGUGAAGUUGAUGCUAGCUGCAAAUACUCCUAUAUUUAUCUUCACUAGAAAACUGUGGACUGUAAUUUAUUUUAUGAAAUAUUUAGAAGACUGUUUGGCUUUUGUGUUCAGGUAAGAAAUGUUGAAUUGUUUUUUGUUUAACUUCAUGUUUUGGUUGUUUUUUUUUUUAAAAAGUAACAAUUUCCAAUGGCGGCGGGGGAGAAAGAACAGUCUGAUAUACCAGCGUGCCUGUUUUAAAGAUAAGUAAUCUUGGGAAUGUAGGCAUUUCAAAGAUGAUUUUAGUCAUACUCGGGGUGGAAUUCAAAAGUCUGGUCUGACACCACAGACCAUGUUUAUACAGAAAAGGAAAUAUCAUCCCGUAGUGUAAAGGUGGGAGUUCCCCAAGCAGCCCUUCAUAGCAGAGAAAGUGUCUCCUCUCCCACCAGGGACUCCUCUGGGUCUUCCACAGGGAUUGUGGCUCCUUGUGCCACGUGGAGCAUAGUACAGGCUUCCCGGAGCCCUUCACUCUAUUUUUAACUUCACAGACUUUCUGACUUGUUUCCUGAGGGACAUGGAAAAGGGAAAGGAAUUAUUCACACAGAAAUGUGUAUGAAGCCUAAAUAUCAUCUAAAAAAUUUUUUUUGCAAAAACACAGUAAGGGUUUAACCAUAAAUAAAAGAGUAAUAUUUACUUAAAUUUCUUAUAAGCAUAUAAAACUUUGUGUUUAUCUAAAGAGGCUAACUAUCAGUAUAUAGUAUUUAUGUUUGGGCAAGAAGGAUUAAAUCAAAUUUUUUAUUUAAGCAUAGUUCCUUUAAAGAUCAUUAAAUAGUAUUUAUACUUUGAAAAGAGUACCAAGCUUAGUUCAGUUAUUUAUUUGUCCAUUUUUUUUCCUAUUGUUUGUCCUUUGGGGGAAAAUGGUGUGUUUUUAUUUUGGUUUUGUUCUGUUUUUUUGUUUUGUCAUCACUGAGUCACUAAAUUUGGGGAUGGUUUAUUAAAGUAUAUUAACUUCUUUUUAACCAAAGCUUUCUGAAUAUGACCAGCCUCAGGUGCUAGUGCAUUAAAGAGCAACUAAACGAAUUCCAGUGUCCAUUUAUGAAAUGAUAAGAGCUAAUUGAACUUCUCUAAGGGUGAAAGAGAACAUAAUAUUGAACUUAAUGGAAAUUCCUUUUCCAGAAAGGAUUUUGCAUGUACCUAAUGCAAAAGAUGAUGCUCUAGUCUCAGUAAUAGUCACGCCAUGGUAACAUUGCUUUUAGAGUAAAUUAAGAUAUGUUGACAUAUUACUGCUACUAGGUCUUUCUGGAAGAAAAGGAGGGCGCAGACUUUCGGAGUAAAGGACAUUGACAUUGUAGAAACAGAGUAGUGGAGGCGUGCUCUGUGAAAAGAGGGAAUAACUUAUUUGAUCGAAGUUGGGAUCUGAAGUUAAAGAAUAAAUCAGUCAAAAAAAAUGAAGUAUGGAAAAGGAUGUGAAAAACUUUGCAUUUUUAUUUUCUUCCUUAUUAUAGAAACACCCGUGUGAUGACACAAACUACUUGGUGAUACAGAACAAUUAUUCGUAAUAGUUCCUAUAAUCAAAGUUUCCUAAACUUAAAUGCCUAAUAGUGUUAUAAAGAUUGGAGUCACAUCAUUGUUAUCCCGGCUGCUAUAAUGCCUUUUACACAAUUUUCUAUGUAGGGUAAAUGAGGCUUUUGUACAAAGCUUGAAUAUCUUC